AUGUCUAUCAAAUCAGUAGAUGUGGGUAAAACGGCUGCAAGCUACCACUCAAGACUUUCUCGAUGUGUCAGGCAUUUCACUCCAGCAUGGUUCACCGCUAUCAUGGGAACUGGUGCUAUCGCUGUUCUGUGGCAGAAUUCCCCUUACGUCUACCGCUCGACGGCUACAGAAACGCUUGUUCGCAUAUUCUUCUUCUUUGACCUCUUCCUCUUCGGUAUCUUCAACAUCGUCACGGCACUACGCUACGCCAUGUUUCCGGAAGUUUGGCGAUCCUCCAUGCAACAUCCAACACAAACCCUGUUUCUUGCAACAUACCCUAUGGGCGCCACCACUCUUAUCAGUAUCGCCGCUGGAAUCCACGCAGAGGCCGGGUUCGGCGACAGAUAUUUCGUGUAUACCCUUUGGGCUUUAUGGUGGGCCGACGUCUUUGUGUCCUUGAUGUGUGCUUUCGGCAUUGUCCACAUUAUGUUCACUCGACAGAAGCACUCUCUGGAGAGGAUCACUGCCGUCUGGCUGCUACCCGUCGUAACUCUCAUUGUCGCCUCGUCCACUGGCGGAGUCCUCGCCGCAUCCCUAAUCGAGUACUCAAUCACAGCGACCCUCGCCACGCUUGUCUUCGCGACUGCGCUGGUGACCAUGGGGCUGACGCUGGCGUUCAUGAUGCUCUCGUUGUACUUCCUCCGUCUCGCGCUAUAUGGGGUUCCCCGGCAUGCCGAAGUGGCGAGCGUCUUCAUUCCACUCGGCCCAUUAGGUCAAGGAGCGUACUCCAUUCUUCUCCUCGGAUCGGGAUACAAUUCUGUGCUCCCUUUGCACUCCGGGACGUCGACCAUCCUGCGCCAACAAGACAUCGGCAGGAUUAUAAAUGUGAUGACGCUCGCAAUCUCCCUAGUCCUCUGGUCUAUGGCCACGCUCUGGUUGAUAUACGCUGUGAUGGCGAUUUCCGACGUAUUGUGGCACGACAGAGUGCCGUUCAAACAGGCUUUCUGGAGCCUCAUCUUUCCAAACGGCGUGUACGCGAACCUAACGAUACAGCUUUACCGAGUCACAGACUCGCCAUUCUUCCGCGUGUGGGGCGCAACCUACGCGAUCGCGACGCUGCUAGUGUGGUCGUGGGUGUUCACGCGGACGUGCAUGCUAGUGUACACCGGCGGCGUGUUCCGUGCGCCGUACCUCGACGAAGCCGACAUCCAUACCGCGGCGAUCGAGAAGGACGCCAGCACGUGGAAUGCACAUAAGCCUAUCACAGACCUCGAAGCGGCGUGUGUACCGGGAUGUCCCUCCUUGCCCGUGGUCGUUGCGACGAAUGGGCACAGAGAGAGUGACCGUUCUACGGGUCCCGGUGAGGGAAUCAUGGACUCAGAACAAUCCAUCCUCGUUGGAGUAUUUGAAACAAUGGAGACCCAAGUGAAGGCUAUGUAG